UGAUCAUGUCUUCUCAGCAUGUCAAUCGUCUCAUCAUAUAUCACCCAUCUUCGUCCUUCUUCUCAGCCUCAUCUUUUAGAGUCUAUCGUGGCUUGAGUCCUACGGAAAUCAAUCGAUGUCGCGAAGCCUAUCCAUGGUUCAACCGGACUUGCCGCAUCCGAAAAACCAACAACAAACGAAUCCAACGAUAAUCUCUGACUGGGAGUCUCACUUUUCAAAUCACUACAUCCAACCUACCAGGGGAUUCAAGAAUGUAGUGGGACGCAAAAUCAAAGGGACAACUACCAAAAAGGGAAACCUGAGCUACAGAAAUACGGCGCUGACAGUGUUCCUUCAUACGCCUCUUUUUCUGAACUGGUUGGAAAAAUACUACAGAGCCCAUGGGCGAUGCAGCCGCCAGAAACGAUGCCUGCUUUGUGGUUUUCAUGACCUGAGUAACGCCUAUUGGGGCGUUGACCCUCAGAGGACGUCUCAGGUUGAAGAUAUAUUCCUCCCACAAGUCUGGGACAGGAUACGAAAAACUUGCUGGAAAGAUUUUUCGAUGGAAGAACAGCAUGAUGUGUGUGAGUUUCUAGGAAAGUUAUUUGAGCAGCUGCAUCAUGAAGCCGACACAGAGGGUGAACAGGAAGUCAAAGAUAUCUUCGAAAUCCGAACCAGCAAUGAUCACACAUGCCAGACGUGUUCUUAUGUCAUGGAAAAGCGGCCUAAUAGGAAGCUCAUCCUUGUUGCUGAUUUUGGACCGGAAAAACAACCUGGAUCCGACAGGAUCACAGAGCUAUUGAAGACGUCACAGCCAAAGUUUGAGGCUAACUGUGAGCAAUGUAAGAAACAAACUGUGCAUCUUCCACGUGAAAGGAUUACCUACCUGCCGGAAAUCUUUUUUGUCCAGGUAAAUAGGUUCUUCUCCAACAAAAAAGAUGGAACGAAUAGAUUGAUUCACCCGGUCGAGGUCGGUGAGCAAUUGAUAAUUCCUCCAGAGAUUCUCGAGGGGCCGUUAAAAAGCGCGGAGAAGGCUUGCUAUGAGCUUUAUGCGAUCAUCUGGCACAGUGGUCAGUCAACAGUUUGUGGUCAUUACACAUGUGCUGUCAAGGAUCCUAAGGGUCAGUGGGCAUAUGUUGACGACGACGCCGUUAAUCCUAACCCAUCAACGAAGAGAAUCUUUGGCCACAGAGCUCGGCAACAAGAAGCGUAUGUAUUGGCAUACCGGCGCCUACCGUUAGACAGGAAAUUGCAGCUUGGUCCUCAGAAAUUAGCCGAAACACAGGAUGGAUCAGGCGCUCGACCGACGACCGACGCUGGGAUAGUCGGGUCUGGUCUACCAGAGCUUCUUCCCCAGACAGACCCGCCUGAUGACCCAUUGCCCCCACCCCAGGAGCUGGCUCCUUCACUGGAAGAGCCAGUCGUGGACCUGGAUCAGGCCAUUGAGUUUGUUGGAACCAAUUUAAAUUGGUCAGUGAAGGAGAAGCUGGCCCUUUCCACCGGAUCUGGGCCUCUUAUACAGAUACAUGGCAGAGCAAGAAUCCAGAAGGCCAAGAUCCAGCUCACGCUUGUCUGUGAGCAAACGGGCGAAACUCUCACUGGGGAAGGAGAAAUCUCCCUUCGAAAUCCCAACAGAAAAUCCGAGAAGAAGGCGUCUUCCACGGUCAUGAACACGAGGAGCAAGAAGGGUCAGGAAGCGGCUCCAACAACCUCUGGCAAUGUAGCGAAGCCGCGGGGCAGAAGGAAGAAGAAAGUGUGAGUUAUUGAUUAUGUAUGGGUGUGCUGUCUUCGUUUGGCUUGGAUAGAACCUUAAUAAAUUUCUACCAAACUUGUGC